GGUAGGGAGGAGGUGGUUGCAACACCAUGGCUGGUGGGAGCACUGCAAGGGGUGCGAUUGGUGGACAAGGAAGUUGGAGGCAGUUGGAAAGAGGAGAGGGCAUCGGGAAGGACAUUGCCAACUCAAGUGCACCUUCGUCAGGGGUGACUUCUACAGAAUCCACACCGGCUACUGACCCCUCGCUGUCCGUCCCACAGCCUGAAGGGAGGCAAAAGAAGCUGCAGGGCGAGAAGGAGAUAUCGAAGCAUGUGGAACAAGGGCAGGCGGUUGUGCCAAAGGGUCGGGGAGAGUAUUGGCUGAGGUGUCGGCUAUGCUCAGCCAUUUGGAGGGGCACGAGCACACGAGCAGUUGAGCACUUCAUGAAGAUGCUCAAGUCGCGCCUUUUCCGGACAGGGGAGAUUGUGCAUAAGCUGGUGGCCCAAGGGCCGAAGGUGCUGCCAAGCGACAAGAAGACUCGCUACCUAUUGCAAAAUUACUGGCAGCUGCACAACAUGUCGGAGGGGGGGGCUGCAGCAAACGACGAUGAUGCGGACGCGGUUGUUCGUCGUGGUUACGAGGAGCAAAAACCGCCGGUUGCUGCAGGGAGGGAGCCGGUCGAGGAGAUGGCGCAGCGGGGAAAGGAAAGUGCAGUGGGGGAGGUGCUGCGAGAAGAGUGUGAUUCCACCACAAGGGCGGGUCCGGUGCAACAAACGACCAUCACGAGAUGGAUGGACAACGCAGCUCAAAAGAAGUUGGACAUUGCAUGGGCGGAGGCAAUGUUCCGGGCGCGAAUCUCGUUCAAUUUUUUGAACUUCGACACCACUCUCAAACUGCACGAGGUGUAUUCGGAGCCGACCGAGGUCCGUUUUGGGUCGGUCUACGUGAUGAUGGAGCGGUUGUACGAUCGGAGGGCGGUUUUGAAGCAGAUGGUUGAAGGGAGCCUAGUCGGGAGAUCAAAGGCGAUGCGGUGGUCGACGACCAAGCUGCAGUCCAAAGCGGAUCUUGUCUUCUUCACAUCGCGGACGGAGGGUUGGUGGCCGAAGUUGAAGAAGGUGGUGGAGGUGAUGGAGCCAUUGUAUGUCUUGCUUCGGAGGAUGGACAAGGACGGGACUGCCCCGUCAAACCUUGUGGAGUACGACCGGCUAAUGGAGAGGAUGCUGGCGGAGGUCGUGCUGACGGAGGAGCAGCGACGUACGGUGCUCGAGAAGGCCAUUGCCAUGAAAGUAAUGGGCAUGUGGAGCACGAUGACUCCAGCGGAGCGGAAUUGGUCUUCGAUGGACUUGGUCCACUCGAAGCGGCGGAAUCGGUUGAACCCCUCAACCUUGGAGUUGGUGUAUAUUCAUUGGAAUAUGCAGCUGCUGCAGUCCGGGAAGAACUGUAAGGACCACGACUACAUUGACUUGUGGGCGCAGUUCUUCGAGUCUCUUCCGGAGGCUGAGGUGAACGAUGGUUCUAUUUUGAAGGACCCCGUGGAGAAGGACAAGACGGAGGAGGAGCUGGAGGAAUGCACCGGCGACAGCAACCUUGACGACGAGGUGUGGAAGGGGAAGACUCCAUGGUUGGAAGCGUCUAGCGAAGGGGAGGUUGAUGAGUCAUUGGACGAUGACUUUGAGUUGGGAAUCCCGCCAUCAAUCCUGUGCACCACAUAUGUUGGGAGGAGGGAAGCAGCACAGCGCCGUCAAGAACGGCCGCCCACAACACCAUUUCAAUGCACGGCGAACACCACAGCGCGUCACAACAUCCAAUCGGAUGUCGAGCUACCACAGACUGACACCGACAUGGAGAUGGAGCUUCGCCCCGGUCCAAUCAAUACAGAUGAGGAGGAGGCUGACCGUGCAAAGGCAUGGGCUGAUGCGGAUCAAGAACAGGUGCAAAGAAGAAUGAGGGAGGAGGAGGAGCGACGCGCAGCUAUACCAACCCGCAUAGAAUUGGAGAAACCGAAGAAGAAGGUUGGAGAGCGAGAAUCGGAGCCAGUGGGGGAUAUGGGCCGGCUAGAGGAGGAGAAAGAAGAGGCGAUGGGCCAGCGAGAGGAGGAGGCAGCACACGAGAUUGGCCAGCCAGGGGAGGAAGAAGAAAAGAUGGAGGAGCAAGAGGAGGAAGAAGAAGGGGCUGGCAUGGAGCAGCGAGAGGAGGAGAUGGAACAGGAGUAAGGGGAGGGCACGGAACAGCAAGAAGAGGAGCUGGAGGAGACUGAGAAGGAGCAGCAGCAGGAAUAGACGGAGAACAUCAAGGAGGAGCAGCAGCAGCAUGCACCGACGACCGUGUACAAGCAUCGGAAGCAAACUGUGAAGGCUGCUGGGUCACCGGAUAAUUCCCCCGACUUCCCAGCCAACAAAGCAGAAGCCCAACA